CAGUUAACGCUAUUCGCUGAGCGCGUCAGUAGCUGCCGUCAACAACAACAGGCGCUAAGGCCUCGACUCAUCAGAUCGGAAAUAAAGCAGCAAAUCAAUACGACAUAUACAACAAUCUUAUCUCAAACAACGAAACAUAAAUAACAAUACGCGUACAUGAGUUUUGCAGUCGGCUGCCAGCGGGUGGGGCGCUGCACCUGCCGCAACAGCUGAGAGACAUUCGGGAACGUUAAGAGACGUCACAGCAUCCGCAUCUUUUAUACCUGCUAAUUUGCCAGCUAUCGCCGUCGCCUCCUCUCUCUAUCUCUCUGACUCAGUUUAUCAACGAGUUACCUGCAGCAUUUGUAGUUUUAGAUGUUGUUUACCGUUCGUUUGCUCUCGCUUGGCGGCGCUUUUGUAUCUCUUAUCAGUAUUUGAUGCUCGCGGCGCAGUCUCUCUCUCUCGUUCUAUUUGCCGUCUUCUUAUCUCAAAGAACAAUACGAAUUCGCGGCUGUAACUCGACGUCCGCUUGGCAGACGCAUUCAGAGCGCAGACUCUGCCAGUUGUGUUGUCGCGAAUUCGAAUCAACUUUGAAUACCUUUCGAAUACAUUCGAGAAUACGACGAGCUCCACUCUCUAUAAGUCAAAUAUUUGUACAGAGUUUGCAGCAACAGCAUCGGCGUCUGUUUAAGACUUGAGAUACCAGAAUGGUUCAGCAAUAUUCGGCGUGGAAGAUCUUAACGCGUCGCAAACAUCUGGCAAUCGAUGGCACCGAGGGCGAAAGCAAGCUAAAUCGCAUCCUGGGCCUAUGGGAUCUCACGGCACUGGGCGUCGGCUCCACUUUGGGCGCGGGCGUUUAUGUCUUGGCUGGCCAGAUAGCCAAGGAACAGGCGGGACCAUCGGUGAUGAUAUCCUUUGCCAUAGCAGCGCUUGCAUCUCUUUUAGCAGGCAUUUGCUAUGCGGAAUUCGGAGCACGCGUGCCAAAGGCGGGCUCCGCUUAUGUCUAUAGCUAUGUGUGCAUUGGCGAGUUUGCGGCCUUUGUUAUUGGCUGGAAUCUGAUACUGGAGUAUGUUGUUGGCACGGCGAGCGUGUGUCGCGGCAUCAGCCUCUAUUUGGACACGCUGCUCAAUGAUACGCUGAAGCAGACCUUUGCCGAGGUGGCGCCGAUGAAUGUCAGCUUUCUGGGCAGCUACUUUGAUUUCCUUGCCUUCGGCUUGGUCGUGGUCUUUGGCGUUGCCUUGGCCUUCGGCGUGGAGACCUCUGCAUUGGCCAACAACUUUGUCACGUGCGUGAAUUUGUUCAUCCUGAGCUUUGUCAUCAUAGCUGGCGCCACUAAAGCUGACUUCAGCAACUGGACUGUGGACGCAUCGACGCCUGUCGCUAAUACCACCAGCAUAGGCGAGGGCGGUUUCUUUCCGUUUGGCUUUGAGGGCACACUCCGAGGAGCCGCCACUUGCUUUUUCGGCUUUGUGGGCUUCGAUUGCAUUGCCACCACGGGCGAGGAGGUGCGUCAUCCGAGCAAGAACAUACCACGCUCCAUUCUGCUCUCGCUGCUCAUCAUCUUCCUCUGCUACUUUGGCGUCUCCACUGUGCUGACUCUGAUGCUGCCCUACUAUGUGCAGGAUGUCAAUGCCCCGCUGCCUUAUGCCUUUGAGUAUAUCGGCUGGCCGGUGGCCAAGUGGAUUGUUACAAUCGGUGGUCUGGUUGGCCUGCUGGCCAGCUUAUUUGGCGCGCUGUUUCCACUGCCCAGGGUCAUGUAUUCCAUGGCUCAAGAUGGCAUUCUAUUUCGAUUUCUGGGCAAGAUCAGUCCACGCUUCCAGGUGCCAGUGACGGGCUCCAUUGUGGCUGCGCUCUUCACAGCUCUCAUCGCGGGUCUCUUCGAUCUGGCCCAGCUAGUCAGCCUGCUGUCUAUUGGCACUCUGCUGGCCUACAGCGUGGUAGCUGUCUCCAUAACCACGUUACGUUACAUGGAAUACUGCGAAGCCGAUGAGCAGCUAUCGCCAGCCGUCUCCGAGGCGAGUUCGCUGACGACGCACAGCGUGCGCUUCACCUGGGGCUCGAUCUGCACGCAGCUCUUCAACGUGCAUCGCGUGCCGGAGCCCAAUCGGUACUCCACGCGAAUUGUGGGAGUGCUGACAGCGCUGUUCUGUCUGCUCUCCGCGGGUCUUGGAGUGCUGCUCAUGCAGGCUUAUCCCGCCAUCAGGUCGCAGAAGCCGUGGGCCUUGACGCUGCUUAUCCUGCUCACUCUGUUGAUUGUCAUAGUGCUGCUGCUCACCUGCUUGCAGCCACGUGAGGCGCGCGGUCGCCUGUUCCGUGUGCCCUUUGUGCCCGUGGUGCCGGCGAUUAGCAUCUUCAUUAAUAUUUAUCUCAUGCUGCAGCUGGAUGGCUGGACCUGGAUACGCUUCGGUGUCUGGAUGAUUGUGGGUGUACAUAUAUAUUUAGUCUGCUGCUAUCUCUAUACCAUCAAAGAUCCAAAGAAAUGUUACCCCGAACAACAUCUAGCUGCGUGUAAUGGCAAUGGCAAUGGCAAUGGCAAUGGGUUCGUCAAUCCAUCCAAGCAAAGCACUCUCACAAACGAAACGCAGAUUAAAAGGAAUUCAAGCAGCUUGGAUGAAAUACAAAAUCUAAGCGAGGUGUUCGACGAUUUAAAGGAGCACAAAAAUGCCAAUGGCAAAAUAUUCUUCAUCGAGGACACAAAGAGCGUGCAUUCGAGAAGCACCUUGAGUGCCAAGGAGACUGACGACGAACGCUCAGUGAUAGCCAUGCUGGACGAUGUGCUGGAUGCCGAGGACUCGCAGCAGCAGCAGCUGGACGAACAGCACAUCUUCGAGCGCAACUUCAGCAUUGACUCCGAGCUGCUGCCCAGUGUAAUCGAGACCACAAUUGUGGCUACUGUGCACAGCAGCAGCAGCGACGAUGACGACGUGCACAGCCAGCGAUCCGUGGAGGGGCCCCGGCUUGAGGAAUGUAAGCAGGCGGCUAGCGAUAUGCUGCGUGAGUUAUUCGAUAGCUCCGCCUUCUACGAGCAGCUACAGGCGGCCAGGGAAAAUCAAGAGGCAAGCAGAGAGCAGCAAGUGGCAGCUCCCGUAACUCCAGUUCAGCUGCGAGUUCAGCUGAAGCGAGUUCCCUCAAUCAGCUCGAUAAUCUCGCAGGCUUCGAUUGCCUCCGCUGUGGACGAUCCAUUGCAUUCGGAAAAGUUUAAGGAUCGACUGAGCCAUCUCAUAAUGAAUCCCAAUGCCUUCAAGCCCAGACGCAACGAGGAGCCGCAGCAUGUGGAAGAGACAGACGAGGAGGAUACCAUAAGGCCGCAGCUAAAGCAAUCGAAAAGUGAAACCGAUGUCCGCCUCUUGUUGCUGAAUGCUAUACGAGAGCUGAAAACGGACAGUGAUGAAGCUGAUAAUAAUAGUAACGGUAAUGCCCAUGCUAAUGCCAAUGCCCAUGCCAAUGCCAAUGCCAAAGCCAGCGACAAUGCUGACGCGCCAGCUGCCGCAGCAACAGCGCCUGGAGCUGGCCACAUACCGCGCGCACCGAAAUUCGAUCCGGUUUUGUACAAGACCAUAAACAGCAUUAGUUUGCACAAACAGCGACCCAGUUUGAGUCGCGAACUCGUCGUGGAUGCCAAGAAUACCAAGCUUCUAGUUCAGUCAACGCCCAUGCCCACAUCCGGACUCGCAGAGCCAGCGCCAACGCCAGAGCCAGAACCCGAGUCAGAGCCGGUGCCAUUCAAAGCGAAAUUGGAGGCCAUAUUACAGCGGGGACCCUCGCAUCGACUGCAGCAGCGUCCGGGAGCGGAUGCGGUGAUGCGCCGUCGGCCGCAAUCGUUGUACGUCGAGGAAGCGGCAAUUGAAUGAGCCAAGCCAGAGAGGAUUGCAAUCCAAUUCUCGAUUUUGUAGCAUACUGUAAGAGUAGCUGCACCCACACACACACACACCCACACACACACACAGACACACUCACCCACUCCAUCUACUAAUCUGUAGUAAUCAAAUGUUGUUAUAGCAGCGAGAAGCUGUUGCCCUAGUGCAAUGGAGGCAAUACUAGAUGCUAAGUGCUUAGGUUUACAUCGCGCGAUUGCGAAAAUUUGAAAUUACAAAUGACGAGUUAGGCUCUGGGCCAAUUAAUUGCAGCGGAUGGAACUCGAAAUAUGCAUGAACUGAACGUGAAGGAGCCAAUUCCAAAAAGCAAUUAACUGGCUGAGCUAUAAUAAUAUAAAACCCUUCAUCGAGCAACGAAUAUCAUGGUUAGAGUUAAGUUUUGUGAGAGCGGAAAAUGGUUUCGAUUAUGCUUAUUAAACCUUGUGAUAUUAACCAAACACUAAGAGGAGGACUCGUGCCGCCGUUCCAAAGAAUGUAACAAUUAAACCUAAGCGUAUAUCAGGAACCAUAGACUAAGAUCGUAAAGUCGUAUCUUUAGCAUGUGCAUGAUGUUUGCCAAGAGUAUUUUAAUGUUAAACUAAUCCAAUCAGUUCGAUUUUCAAUCGCUUUAGGUCUCUCCAUAUACUUUCUCUAUGGACUGCCCAAUAGCUAUAGAGAGAUGCGGAGACAGCGCGCCGGCUGGCAG